CGAGAUCUUUAUAAUUACUUGAAAACAGAGAUCAUUGAUGACGUCAAUAAAUUAACUUCUUCCUCUGAUGAAGUGGUGAGUCCGAUAGCUGGGACUUUAUUAGUGAGUUACACCGACUACUUAAAUUUAAUUAACGAAAAUUGGGGACUCAAUUCUCAAGCAGCUGGCAAUUUCAAGGUAUGUGCUGUUGAUCCCACUACCGUUAUAACCCCCGGUGAAUCUUCAAUGGUUAUCGAUGCCAAUGUCUUCUCCAAGAAGUCUGGCGAUGUAUCCAGUGGAACAUAUGAGCCUUCAGAGUUCGAGAAGAGUCCACAGACUUCGACUCCUAUGCAAAGUAGUGUGCCUAAGAGUGCAAAUGGUACUCCGCAAAGAAGAGCAGCACCACCACCUCCACAACGUGGGGGGCCCAAGAAAGAGCGAGUGAGAUGUGGUUUUGAUUAUACUGCUCAAGAACAAGGCGAGUUAACUUUCAAAGAAGGGGAUAUUAUAACGGUUAUGAAAAAAGAAGGGGAUUGGUGGAUGGGGGAGUUAAAUGGUGUCCAAGGCUAUUUCCCAUCAAAUUAUGUUUCACCCGCUUAA